UUUAGAAGUGCACCUGAAAUAAAAAUAGUUUUUCUUCCUUUCCAUAUAGUUUAGGUGCACUCCUCUGCACCUGCUGAGACCAAACCACCUGCAGAUAUUUCUCUUAAGCAAACUGUUUACUAUCAAUCUUCAGUGUCGCUACCCCGCCAAUCGGCCUUUGCGAAUACGACCGUAUAUUUGAGCAAGUAUAUGCACUUGCGCUUGUCAUCCUAGAUAACAAAGAAACUGUCAAAGAUGGGGUGCUUAGGUAUUGAAUGGACUGACUACCUACCUAAGGUACCUACUUUAUCCGCAUUUACUUUUACUUAGACACCUGACGCCUCUACUGUACGCACGAUAAUUUGAACUUAUAACUUUGAUCAAUGCUACUAUAAAAACACUUGGAAAUUUAGCAUCUACCUAACCUUUGUAUGGCUGAGCAUACUGAUACGGGAGUUAAAACAUUGCUAAGGAGAACGGAGGCCCAUGCGAGAGGUUUGUUGGCAGCGGUUUUGUUUCCCUAGCGGCCGUGUUGCUACGCGCUGGGGCAACUUUUAUUUCUGAUAGGAUAUUUAAAGACAGCACGCUCGUUUGAAGGGCAGGCAAGCAGCCAUAAAUACCACAACAUAUUAAAUAUCACAACCAACUGCAGCCUCAAGAACAUUUGGUAACGCGAACGUCUCACGACCGGAAUGGCACCUAUCAUCGACAUCAUCCGCCACGCCCAGGCUCUACACAACCUCCAGGGCGGUCAUAUCAAGGACCCCGAAUUAACUAGUCGGGGCCUUAUAGAAUGCCAACAAUUAAGAGCUGACUACCAAUUCGGACCUAAGGUCACUCAUAUCCUUUCUUCGCCGUUAAAACGGGCCACCACCACCGCGCUCGUCGGGAUUCUCCCAACGGUAGAUCCACGCAUCAAGGUCCAGCUGCUCCCCGAGCUGCAGGAGGUCAACGCCUCGCUGAGCAGCACGGGAAUACCUAAAAGCGAGCUCGCCGUACACUAUACCCGCGACAAGAACCGCUUGGAUAUGAGCCUCCUCGACGAGGACUGGUACCGCAAGGGUUCGAACACCUUCUUCGCGCCUGUCGUGAGUAAAGUCUAUGCGCGGGCACGGGCCGCACGCAUGUGCCUCUGGCGUCUGGCGAGAUACGCCAUGGAGGCCGGGGACGACGACGCGCACAUCGUGGCCGUGACGCACGGGGAGUUCGCGCACUGGCUCACGGGCGACUUCCGAGGCGUGUCGAUGUCUCGGAACACGGACUGGCGCAACGCGGAGCUGCGGUCUUAUCGGUUCCAAAACAUCAUUGCGGCCGAGCCUCACGACCCGCAGCUAGUUGAGACCAUGGACAGCGCUGCGAAACGGGGCGGUUUCGCCGUGCAUAGCUUGAUGAACAUGGGCACCAUGCAGGUCUUCCGGAGGAUCGCUGAGGAGCGGGUGAUGGCGUACCAUCAGAUACUUAAGACGCAAGAGGUACCCGAAAAGAUACCGCCAUCCCACAAGUCGCCUGGAGGAUUAGACGGCUUGGAUAAGUUCGAGGAAGUCCACCGAUCUGAUGGGUCUGACGAAUGGGUUGAUGUCGAGGACGAGUCCGACUUCUGAGCUUUAGGACCAGUAGGUGGUCUACCAGUACCAAGCGACAGAUCAAGUGAGACGAAACAAGGUUGCUGUCUUAUCAAGUAUUUCUAUAAGCGGCGCUAGGGAGCGCAUCGCAGGUAUUGGUUGGGAUAUUGGCAUCAUGAAUACUGAAGCAUGUGAUCUCACUUUAGGGAGGUGUAUAUUAGCACAAACCCCCUGGAUGACGUUCCGUAAAGGGAUUAUGGGGGAAUGGAAGCGCAUAACGGUACCUAAACUAGAUGUUAAGAUUCUAGAUAAGACAACCCGGGGGGAAGAAUACUGCUGGCGUGUACAGCUACUGGCCACCAGAAGUUCUUAGUUAUCUAGAUUAGAGUCCAUUACAGAACAAGCGAGUCGUUUCCACA